AACUCUUUGCACCAUCAAUUUUUUGCAGUCAACUUGACAUCUUAUUCCAAUUAGAGAUUUACGUCAAUUUGGGAUCAAAAUGGUUAUCAGAGAGCCCCAUCGCGCAGCCCAACCGAUGUUGCAAGCUUGACCGUUACAACAGGGUGGUUUGUGGAUUAAGUGCGACUGAAUUGUAUAUCCAGCCCCAUGCCCGAGGUUUUUUUUGUAAUGAUGAAACAAUAAUGUAUCCUUACAAUAACGCAACGAUCCCGACAUCAGCUCUUAUGAUUAUGACAGUCACAUUUUUCAUUUUGAUUGCUAUCGGCGAAGUCAUCUACGCAAAGAAAAUAAUCAGAACGUCAUCAUUAAAAUUAUUAAAUGUAAAUAUUGCUAAUUGGUUAAUAUCAAUUUAUCAGAAGGGAGGAUACUUUUUGAUCGGUGCAAUAACGACUGUAUUAAUUGGAGACGUUUGUAAAUUAACAAUCGGAAGACUGCGGCCACAUUUUAUAGACCUUUGUAAGCCAAGCAUCGACUGCAGUUUGCUUAUUAAUCAUAACAAAUAUUUUAAUCCUGAUGAGUUUGAUUGCACAGCUAAUAUCACUGCUGAUGUGUUAAGAGAAGCCAGAUUAUCAUUUCCGUCGGGUCAUGCGUCUCUGACGACUUACUCUGCAGUCUUCUUUAUUCUUUAUUUACAAUUGAGGAUCACCUGCAAAAAUCUUAAGUUGUUCAAAUAUUUACUUCAGUUUAUUUCGAUAUCGAUAACGAUGUUCGUUUCGAUGACAAGAAUCGCUGAUUAUUGGCACCACUGGAGUGACGUCACAGUAGGAAUUUUAAUAGGAUUGAUAAAUGCUUUAGUAACUGUAUUUUUAGUAGCCGACUUAUUCAAAGAACAGAAAACAAGACAUGUCAAUAAUGAUCAAAAAAUUCACGACAGCAUUAAUAAUAAUAAUGAUAAUGGCCAAAUAAAGAUUCAUGUACCAAAUUGAUAAUUUUUUAUUCAAAAAUGUAACGCAGAUACUUAGUUUAAUAA